AUGGCUCUCUCAUCUCCAUUUGCAGGCAAAACACUUACCCUGAACUCGAGAACAGAGUUCAUAUCGAUUGUCCCCAGCACUGUAAGAGUCUCAAUGAGGAAGACAGCUGGAAAGCCAGCUGCUUCCUCUGUGAGCCCCUGGUAUGGCCCCGAUCGUGUCAAGUACCUCGGACCAUUCUCCGGCGAGGCACCAUCUUACCUCACUGGGGAAUUUCCCGGUGACUAUGGGUGGGAUACAGCAGGGCUAUCAGCAGACCCUGAGACUUUUGCCAAGAACCGUGAGCUUGAGGUCAUUCAUGCCAGGUGGGCCAUGCUGGGGGCUCUGGGGUGUGUCUUUCCAGAGCUUCUCUCCCGUAAUGGAGUAAAGUUCGGUGAGGCCAUGUGGUUUAAAGCCGGUGCUCAGAUCUUCAGUGAGGGUGGCCUCGACUAUCUUGGGAAUCCAAGCCUGGUACAUGCCCAGAGCAUUUUGGCCAUAUGGGCAACUCAAGUGAUCCUCAUGGGUGCCGUUGAGGGUUACCGUAUUGCCGGAGGGCCGCUUGGUGAGGUCACUGACCCUCUGUACCCAGGUGGCAGCUUCGACCCGUUGGGACUUGCUGAUGAUCCUGAGGCAUUUGCAGAGCUCAAGGUGAAAGAGAUUAAGAAUGGGAGACUAGCCAUGUUCUCCAUGUUUGGGUUCUUUGUGCAGGCCGUCGUCACAGGGAAGGGACCUCUAGAAAACCUGGCUGAUCAUCUCGCAGAUCCUGUGAACAACAAUGCCUGGGCCUAUGCCACCAACUUUGUUCCAGGAAAGUGAGAGAUGCUUCAUCUUUGAGUAAAAACUUCAGUUCGGCUACUGGCUAUUUCACCUGUAGUGUAAGAUCAGAAGCUUGUAAUCGUCAGAAACUCGUAACGCUAGUAGAGGUCAAAUUAAACAUUUUACUUUCUAAAGAAAA